ACUUCAAAACAUUGAAUGACCAGGUGCCAGAUGCGAGCAAGUCCACUAUUGUCUCUUGCUAGACUUCUGUCGCUUUUUGGUAACUUUUAUCACUGGGAGUAAGAGAAAAACGUGGUUGUUUUCGUGGUUCUUGUGCCGCCAACAUGGCGGAGCCGCUGCUGGAGUUUGAGACGGAGAUGUUUCUGAGUCUGUUCGGCUGUGACGGGCUGCUAGUGGUAGCGGAGGGGAUGGGGAUAGACCGCAUCCUGCUGCAGUUCAUGCGGGUUUACUCGGAGCAGGGCAGCCUGGUCCUUCUGCUCAACACAACCACACCAGAACAGGAAUAUUUCACGGAGCAGUUGCGAGCGGAGGGUGUGACCCACCUACCCAGGACGGUGACCAGCGACGUGCAGAGCACUGAGCGCUAUAAUGUUUACACUGAAGGAGGAGUGCUUUUCGUCACCAGCAGAAUCCUGGUGGUCGACUUCCUCACUGACCGCAUCCCCGCUCAUCUCAUAUCAGGCAUCCUGGUGUAUCGUGCUCAUAAAAUCAUUGAAUCGUGUCAGGAGGCUUUCAUCCUUCGUCUGUUCAGACAGAAGAACAAGACGGGCUUCAUUAAAGCCUUCACUGACAAGGCCACGUCCUUCUCCUCGGGCUUCUGCCAGGUGGAGCGUGUGAUGAGGAACCUCUUCGUCAAGAAGCUCUACCUGUGGCCCAGGUUUCAAGCAUCAGUAAACACUGCGCUGGACAGGCACAAGCCCGACGUGGUAGAGCUCCAUGUGUCACUGACGCCGGCUAUGAGGGCCAUCCAGAGCUCCAUCCUGGAUAUCAUGAGCGCCUGCCUGAAGGAGCUGAAACGCUACAACCCCACCCUAGAGGCCGAGGACCUCUCCGUGGAGAACACGCUCGGCAACGCCUUUGAAAAGACCAUCCGUCACUACCUGGACCCCUUGUGGCACCAGCUGGGAGCAAAGACCAAGGCCCUGGUCCAGGACCUGAAAGUGCUGAGGGUUCUCCUGCUCUACCUCACCCAGUACGACUGCGUCACCUUCCUCAAUUUGCUCGAGUCGCUGCGCUCCAGCCAAAAGAUCUUUGGAUCCAAUUCAGGGUGGUUGUUCCUCGACUCCAGUACCUCCAUGUUUAUGAAUGCCAGAGGUAGAGUGUACCGCAUCCCUGAGAGCAAGAAGAAACUCAAAGUGGGAGCGGAGGCAGAGAAACCGAAGUCGUCCUCUGCCUUAGAGGUGAAGCGAGAACUGGUGCUGGAAAAGAGCCCAAAGUGGGAUGCUCUGACGGAGGUACUGCAGGAGAUUGAGAAGGAAAACAAGAGCUCUGAAGAUGAACCAGGUCGGGUGCUGAUCUGUGCCAGCGAUGACCGGACUUGUGCCCAGCUGCAGCAGUACAUCAGGCGCGGCUCUGACUGGAUGCUUAACCGACUGUAUGCCCGCACAAUCGGUAAGCGGGACUCUGCUGCAGCCGCUGCCUUUGAACUUGACUUGCACAAAAAGGGCAACGGCUGGCCUAAAAAAGGAGCCAAGGGAAAGGAGCCUGCACAGAAAAAACCCACAAAGUCCACAAAGAGUAAAAAAAGGCCAUCCCUGACCCUGACCCAGAUGGUGGGGAAAGAGGAGAUGGAUGAAACAGCUGCGAUGGGCAGCAGUGGAGAUGAGGAUGAACUGAUGGGGGAGGACGGAGGGGAGGAAGAACAGCUGAAGCUGGAUUUGUCAUCGGACGCCUACUAUGGCAUCCUGAAGGAGCCGCUGACUGUCCUCCACCCACUGAAAGGCCUCACUGACCCCCACAGCUUGACGCGGGUGCUGCACGAGGUGGAGCCCGGUUUCGUGGUGCUGUACGACGCUGAACUCAGUUUCGUCCGACAGCUGGAGAUCUACAAAGCCAGCAGGCCCGGAAAGGCACUGAGGGUGUAUUUCCUCAUCUACGGAGGCUCGACAGAAGAACAGAAGUACCUGACGGCGCUGUCUAAGGAAAAGAAGGCUUUUGAACACCUGAUCAGGGAAAAGGCUACUAUGGUCGUCCCAGAGGAGAGGGAGGGGCGAGAAGACACCAACCUGGACCUUGCUAGAAAUUUAGAGCCUGCCAAUGCCACCACUAACACCCGCAAAGCAGGAGGCCAGGAGCAGCCCAAAGAGCCCUCGCGAGUCAUCGUGGACAUGAGGGAGUUCCGCAGUGAACUGCCCUCCCUGCUGCACCGCCGUGGGCUGGACAUCGAGCCCGUCACCCUAGAAGUAGGUGACUACAUCCUGACCCCGGACACAUGCGUCGAGCGCAAGAGCGUCAGUGAUCUGAUUGGCUCGUUGCAGAGCGGCCGCCUCUACACCCAGUGUCUCUCCAUGACCCGCUACUACAAAAAACCAGUGCUUCUCAUUGAGUUUGACCCAGCAAAACCGUUUUCCUUAACGGCCCGAUCAGAUUACCGUCAUGAGAUCUCGUCCAAUGAUAUUUCUUCAAAACUCACCUUACUCACCUUGCAUUUCCCCCGGCUGCGUAUACUCUGGUGCCCCUCCCCACACGCCACAGCUGAGCUCUUCCUGGAGCUGAAGCAAGGUCGCUCUGAACCCGAUGCUGCAGCAGCUCAGGCAGUCACAGCCGAGUCAGACAUGGUGGCUGAAUCGGCAGACCUCUACAACCCCGGACCUUAUGACUUCCUGUUGAAAAUGCCUGGGGUCAAUACAAAAAACUAUCGGGUUCUUGUGAAAAAUGCAGACAGUCUGGCAGAUUUGGCCAAACUCAGUCAGGACAAGCUAGCAGAAAUACUCGGGAAUGCCAGCAACGCUAAGUUGCUCUAUGAGUUUCUGCAUAAUGUCGCUGAUGUUCCUGCUCCAAUGCAAAGGGCCAAACAGACAUGAUAGGCAGUAAAGAAAUAGAGGGAAAGUAAAGGGAAAAUAUGCCUUCUUCUACUUUUAAAGCAUCUGAUUGUAUAUAAAUAUAUUUGUCCUGGUAUCAGGAUUAGUUUUACAUUGUAAAGUUGGAUGACAGCGACGUUAAUGUAAAACGAUACAGACUGAGUUCACACCUUACAUUUGUUCAGUAUGAGUCUUUAUCAUCAAAAGUGAAAUGUGUAUUAUAUUAAUGUACAGAAUGAACUGAAAUAAUGCAGUGUUUUUUAUAUUGUAAACUAUUCUGAAAAUAGAACAUUAGAUUUGUUUUA